AUGAGUUAUUUUCAAAAUGAAGAUGACGUAUUGAUUUUACUUGGUGCAUUAUUUCGAAUUGAUGAACUAAAUGGAGAUAAAAAGGAAUGGAUGUGGGUAGGUCGUAUCUCACUAGCAAACGAAGAUGAUUAUCAUUUGAAAGAAACAUUUUCUUAUACGAAAAGUACAAUUAGUAAUGAUACUGAUUUAGAUUCUCUCGGUAAGAUUCUAAUAGAAACGGGUGAAUACGAACAAGCACAAAAAUACUAUAGAAGAAUGCUCAAUGAAAUUCAACUUACUACUGCAACUGCCGAAUUAAGUUUAGGUAGAGCUGAUGGACGAUGCAA